UGGAUAGUGUUUGAUAUAAACCAGCUAAUAGUGUUUGCCUUGCAGCGAGUACAAGGAGAACAAGUCGCUUUUCUGCACGGCGGAGUCAUCUGAUGUUUGCUUUAAUUUCUGGCAGAUCGGGGCAGCGUGAGUCAGAUGCUCUCACAGCUGGCUCGAGCGGGGAGCAGGCCAGCAGGGACCCUGACUCACCAGAGCCGCCGCAUUCCUUCCGAAAAUCUAACUCAGCGACUGGAAGUGAAAUCGCGGGCUGGGGGCAGGUCCGAGGUUAAGCAAGGCGGGAGGAGCGGGGCUCUCCGUGCGGGGGGCAGGCAGCGAGCCCGGCCAGGGUGGGCGCGGGGGACAGCCCGACAGACACGUCUGCUUGGCGGCCGCUGACGGGCAGAGCGCUCGCCCCCUCCCCGCCGGCAGAGCCUGGGACCGCUGCCCCGGCAAGCCCCGGCCCCCGUUACCUCAUUGCCACAUUCCCCAGCGAGUGAGCUCAGCUGUGCCGCGGCCUCGCGCCUUUUAUGGUCAAACAACUUUGCCUGGGCGAGGCUUUUUUCGCGAGUUGGGAGGAAGUGUCGGGGCUCGGCAGCUCCUCCGCCUCUCGCUGCUGCGGCUCUCGGCGGGCGGGCCGGGGCAGCCGAGCAGCCCGGCCCCGACAGCCCUACUCCCAGGACGGCACUUCCCAUUCCCCCAGAGGUGCUGAGAAGAUGGCCUCCCCAGGUGCCCCAGGGACCCGCAUGACAUCCACAGUCAGCAUCAACAUUUCUACCCCUUCCUUCUACAACCCACAGAAGAAGUUUGCACCUGUGGUUGCUCCUAAGCCCAAGGUGAACCCCUUCAAGGCCGGGGGUGCAUCAGAGUCAUCGCUGCUUCCACCUGCUGGUCCUGGUGCCCAGCGUGCUCAGAUAGGGAAGGUGGGGGAUAUUCCAUUACCACCCGUGUCCCUGCUGGCAGAAGACCUGCUGCUGCCACCUCCUCCUCCACCUGAAGAGGAUGCAAGCUUCUCCUCAAACUGUGCAUUUCCACCACCCCCACCACCCUUUGAAGAACCUUUUCCACCAGCCCCAGAUGAAGCUUUUCCUUCUCCUCCUUCUCCACCACCUCCUCCUCCACCAAUGUUUGAUGAAGGACCUGUGAGCAAGGUUCCUGCCCCACAGGUACGUGGCAAGAUGAACAACACUGAUCUUGAGAUUGACUCACUGUCUGUAAUGUUGGAUGACAUGGAGAAGAAUGACCCCUUCAAAUCCCGGAUAACUCCAGGAUCCACAGGUUCUCUGGAGAAACCAUUGGCCCCAAAAGCCCCUGUGGAAAUACCAUCUGCACCCAAAGAUACUCCUCAUUCCUUUCCUUCUAAGUUCACACCAAAGCCAAGUGGAAGCUCAUCUUUCAAGCCCCCUGGAGUGGAUUUGAACCUGACCCCAACCCCAUGGGCAGCCCCACAGCAAUGCAAGGAGCCCCAAGCACCAGUCCCUCCACCCCCCUCUCUCCCUUCUGCUCAGCCUAAAUUCACCCCAUCUCCUGUUGCUGGCUCUCCUAAGUCUGUGUCCAAAUCAGGUGACAAUGUUCCAAUGGCUUCCUCAAAUUCUACAAGAUACCCUGCCUCCCUUCAGACUCAGUUCACAGCCCCUUCAUCUUCAGGCCUCUCCUCUCGACCACAGCCCCCCAAUUUCACCUAUGCCCAGCAGAGGGAAAAACCCCGAGUGCAGGAGAAGCCACGCCCAACAGAACAACCUGCUGCUGCAAGAGACACGCAUAGACCCACAGGUUCCAGCACAGAUCCACCUAGGGGGAAUUCCUGUCUGACAAUGAAGGAGGUGGAAGAGCUGGAGAAGUUGACCCAGAAACUAAUGAAGGAUAUGGAGCAUCCACACCCAGCAGAGGCUGCAACUUCUGAGCUCUGUGGCUUCUGCCGGAAGCCCCUGUCACGAACCCAGCCAGCUGUGAGGGCCCUGGACCGCCUCUUCCACGUGGAAUGCUUCACCUGCUUCAAAUGUGAGAAGCAGCUGCAGGGGCAGCAGUUCUACAAUGUGGAUGAGAAGCCCUUCUGCGAGGACUGCUAUGCUAGCACCUUGGAAAAGUGCAGUGUCUGCAAGCAGACCAUCACAGACCGGAUGCUGAAGGCCACUGGUAACUCAUACCAUCCCCAGUGCUUCACCUGCGUGACGUGCCAUACCCCUCUGGAGGGGACCUCUUUUAUUGUCGACCAGUCCAACCAGCCUCACUGUGUGGAUGACUACCACAGGAAGUAUGCUCCACGCUGCUCAGUCUGUAGUGAACCUAUCAUGCCAGAGCCUGGAAAGGAUGAGACAGUGCGUGUUGUUGCACUGGAGAAAAACUUCCACAUGAAAUGUUACAAGUGUGAGGAUUGUGGGAAGCCCUUGUCCAUUGAAGCAGAUGAGAACGGGUGCUUUCCUCUGGAUGGGCACGUGCUGUGUAUCAAGUGUCACACCAUCCGUGCAAAAACAGCGCGCUGAGGAGCUUGGAGGGGGCAUUCCCUUAAGAUUCCUGCACUCAGUACUUCUCCCCUCCCUGCGAUUGUCCUACCCCUCUGCCUGACAAGGCAGACUGCUACCAACGGAGACUAUGCCAGCAAUUUUUCACUCAUGUAGGAUUCACUGCUCCUAGACUUCACUCUGCACACCCACCAAGAAAGGACCUCUUCUCCUACCACCGCUUCCUGGCCACAGUGGAUUCCAGGCUGGGGGCUGUGAUCAAGGUGAGUGCACAAUUGCUGUUCCCUCAAGACUCUGGAGGAGAAAGAUCAGACCUCCACCACCGCCUGGUGGAAGAAGCAAGAAGGGCCUGGUGGCAGGUGCUGGGAAGGGCUGAGAGCAUUCUUCAGUUCCGUGGAGCCAAGAACGAUGAUUUGACUUGAAGGUGGAAGCCUGCAUCUUGGCACCACUUGUCUUUUGUUUUGUGUCUUGUGACACCUCAUUAUUAGGAUGUCUUCCUCUGCCUGCUCACUCACCUGGGUUAGAGUGUGGAGGCAUAAAGUAGUGGGAAUCUGUUACUGUUGCUGGAAAAAGCUAACCUGCUGUAGCUUUUCUGUCUCUAAUGGGUUUUACUGAUUAGCUGUCUUGUCUUUUUUUUUUUCCUUAGCCAGAUUAAACUGGCAGUGUUUGAAAUACUACUCUGAGUCUGGAAACUUUAAAAAAAAAAAAAAAAAAUCUUCUUCCCCUUCCCAAAAUGAAUCGCUUCCCAGUGCGGUUUCUGGACAGCCAGGCUGGGAGCCAGAGUAGCAAAGCAGUCCAAAGAAUACAUGUUUAAAAAUAAAGACCGUCAUAAGGACAGGCAGCACAUGGUGAGGAGGCGUCUCAGUGUGUGGAUGAGGAUUCAGCAGACUGAGAAAUGUCUCCUGUUCCAGUAGGGUUUCUUUCACUGCUGUCAGUGAAAGCUGCAGUGUAGUUUGCAAUUGCAAUGUACUGUCUGGCUGUGCGUGUUAACUGCACCGAGCCCCAUUUCCUGGACUAGAAACUUUCAAACUGAACAAACAUUUUGAAUAACAGCACUGUCCAACUACUGUUUGCAUUCAAUAAAAUGUGUGGUUUUUCCAUUAAA